UGCAUUUAGGGAAUUCCGUCAGCUGUUUCAAACUCUCCGGUUCGCUUUCUUCUGCUCGGGAUCACAGCGCAUGCUGGCGAAGUUAGUUAUCGAGAGGGAGAUGUGUCGUGUGCCACAACAGACCAAGAGAAGAAAUCCUUUAUAACCUGUGAGAACAUCCAGGAGCUUUCUGUUGGACAUAGACAGGUAUGUUCUCGGAUGCUUUGGAGGCUGUAGGAAGGGUAGAGGGUUUGACGCUGUCCCCUCCACAGAGUCUCCCAGACCCCGAUGAUGAGGUGGAACUGGGCACCGAAACAAAACGACGAGGCAGAUAUCGCCAAAGCUUACAGAUACUCAAGCCCUUUCGUAUCACGCACAAACAUCAGCACCCGGUGGACAAUGCAGGAUUUUUCUCCUUCAUGACCCUUCAGUGGCUGUCCCCUCUGGCAUGGAGGGCCCACAGAGCUUCCUGUCUCAAGAUGGAAGAUGUCUGGGGUCUGUCUUGCCACGAAGCCUCAGAAACGAACUGCCAAAGACUGGAGUGGCUGUGGCACGAGGAGCUCAAGCGGCGAGGGAAGGACACGGCGUCCCUGUCCCGGGUCAUCUGGAGGUUCUGUCAGACCCGAAUCCUGGUGGCCAUCUCCUCCCUGCUCAUCACCAUGGUGGCUGGAUUUGUUGGACCUGCUCUGCUGAUCCGAGCCCUGCUGGAGUACUCUCAGUGCACAGAGGUGAAGCUGCAGUAUGGUCUGGCUCUGGUCGCUGGGAUAUUCCUCAUGGAGCUGACACGCUCCUGGUCUCUGGCUUUAGUGUGGGCUGUCAGCUAUCGCACGGCCGCACGCCUCCGGGGAGCCGCGCUCACUUUCGCCUUCCAGAAGAUCCUGCGACUACGCAGCACUAAAGACAUCAGCACUGGAGAGCUGGUAAACAUUUGCUCCAGUGAUGGACAGCGUCUGUACGAGGCCGUCUCGGUGGGCUGUCUGCUGGCUGGAGGGCCUCUCGUUGGGAUUCUGGGUCUGUCAUACACCGUCUAUUUCUUAGGACCGACUGCACUCGUGGGAUCGGCCAUUUUUGUCAUCUUCUAUCCCACCAUGAUGCUGGCCUCCCGUUUGACAGCGUAUUUCCGUAAAAGGUGCGUGGCGGUUACGGACCGGCGUGUCCGGCUGAUGAACGAGAUCCUGGGCUGUAUUAAGUUCAUUAAGAUGUACUGCUGGGAGACGGCGUUUGCCAACAACAUCCAAAGGGUUCGGUCAGAGGAGCGGAGGGUCCUGGAGCGGGCGGGCUGUGUUCAGAGCCUGACGGUGGGUGUAGCUCCAGUGGUGGUGGUGAUCGCCAGCGUGUGCACCUUCACUCUUCACAUGGCUCUGGGCUAUGAUCUCACCGCAGCACAGGCCUUCACCGUCGUCGCUGUUUUCAACUCCAUGACCUUUGCUCUAAAGGUCACGCCCUUGGCGGUGCGUGCUUUAUCUGAAGGCUCUGUGGCCGUGAAACGAUUUCAGAAGCUGUUUAUGAUGGAGGACAGGGAGCUGAUCUCAAACAAAACGGAAGAUCCUUAUAAUGCGGUGGAGUUUAAAGACGCCACACUGGCGUGGGAGAAGACCUGCGGCUCGCCGGGGAAACAGAGCCGAGCGCAGCAGAAAAGAGGAGGCAUGAGGAGAGUCCUGAAGAGGGAGAAACUGAGCUUGUACAUCAGCGCAGAAGACAGCAAAGAGAAGAGCGAGGAAGCCAACGCAGCCUCACACAACCUCCUCACACACAUGGAGCAAGAGAGCCCACAGAGCACCAUCACCUCCACACAGAGCAUCCGACCCCCGCUGCACAAAACCCUGCACCACAUACACCUCUGCAUCCGGAAGGGGGCGCUGCUUGGGGUCUGUGGAGGAGUCGGCAGUGGGAAGAGCUCGCUGUUAUCUGCUCUACUGGGACAGAUGACCCUUCUUAGCGGCUCAGUGGCUGUAAACGGAGACUUCGCAUAUGUUGCUCAACAGGCCUGGAUCCUCAACGAUUCCCUCCGGGAGAACAUCCUGUUCGGAAAAAAGUACAUUGAGGAGAAGUACAACGCAGUUCUGGAAGCCUGCUGUUUGUUUCCUGAUAUUAUUGAGCUGCCAUACGGUGAUAUGACUGAGAUUGGAGAGAGAGGAGCUAACCUGAGCGGUGGCCAGCGUCAGAGAGUGAGUCUGGCUCGAGCGCUGUACAGCGAGAGACCCGUCCUUCUGCUCGAUGACCCCCUCAGUGCCGUCGACGCUCGUGUGGGAUCACACAUAUUCCACAGAGCCAUCCGCCGCACGGCCAAGAGCAGGACCGUCAUCUUUGUCACGCACCAGCUGCAGUUCUUGCCUGAGUGUGAUGAGGUGGUGUUAAUGAAGGACGGUCAGAUAGCAGAGCACGGCUCACACGUCCAGCUGAUGGAGAAAGGCCGAGACUACGCUGCUCUUUUCAACAGCGUGCAGCAAGAGAACCUAGUGAAGAAGAACCUGAAAAGCGAGCAGAGGGCCGAGGAGGAGAGCAGCCCGCGGUCUCUGAAUGUCAGCCCUGCAGCCAAACCUCACACUGAGAGCAAGAAAAGAGAUCAGCUCAUGCAGACGGAGGAAAAGGGGAGCGGGGCCGUGGCCUGGACUGUGUACGCUGCUUACAUCAAGGCUGCUGGAGGACCCCUGGCCUUCAUCGUGAACAUCCUCCUCUUCCUCUUCACCACCGGCAGCAUCGCCUUCAGCAACUGGUGGCUCAGUCACUGGAUCAGACAGGGCAGCGGGAAUUCCUCAGUGCUGCUGGGGAACCAGACUACUGAGAGCGACAGCAUGCGACUGAAUCCACACAUGCAGUACUACUCCAGGGUGUACGUCUUAUCCAUGGGGGCGGCGCUCUUCCUGAAGACAGUGCGAGGACUGGUGUUCGUCAAGUGCACUGUGCGGGCAGCCUCGGUUCUGCAUGAUCAACUAUUUAAGACUCUACUUCUGAGCCCCAUGCGCUUUUUCGACACAACACCCCUGGGACGCAUUCUCAACCGGUUCUCCAGGGACAUGGAUGAAGUUGAUGUGCGUCUGGCGAUGCAAGCCGAAAUGCUGCUCCAGAACGUGACAUUAGUGCUGUUCUGCCUGGGUUUGGUGGGUGCUGUGUUUCCCUGGUUCCUGUUCUCCAUCUUUCCUUUAGGGGCGUUCCUCUUCAUCGUCAACCGCAUCUCCAGGGUUCUCAUUCGUGAGCUGAAGCGCCUGGAAAAUAUCAGCCAAUCCCCUUUCACCUCUCAUAUCACCAGCAGCCUGCAAGGCCUGUCCACGAUCUAUGCUUACGGCAGGGGGGCCGACUUCAUACACAGGAAUCAAGCCUUGCUGGACACAAACCAAGCGUGUCACUAUCUGUUCAGCUGUGCUAUGCGCUGGCUGGCUGUGCGUCUGGACCUCAUCAGCAUUUCUCUCAUCACCACCGUUGCGCUCCUCAUCGUCUUCAUGCACGGCCGCAUUCCUCCCGCUUACGCCGGUCUGGCCAUCUCCUACGCCGUACAGCUAACCGGCCUGUUUCAGUUCACCGUGAGGCUGCUUUCUGAAACCGAAGCCCGUUUUACAUCAGUAGAGCGGAUCAAUCAUUACAUAAAGAACCUGGAAAGCGAGGGUCCUCGGCAGAUCUGCGGCUCCUCUGCUCCUGUUUCCAGAUGGCCAGAAGAAGGACGAAUCACCUUCCAGAAUGUGGAAAUGCGAUAUCGGGAUGACCUUCCUCUGGUGCUGAAGAAUCUCUCCUUCAGUGUUCUUCCAGAAGAGACCAUUGGGAUAGUUGGCAGAACGGGUUCAGGGAAAUCUUCACUGGGCGUCGCACUCUUCAGACUAGUGGAGCUCAGCCGGGGAUCAAUCAUCAUUGAUGGUGUCGACAUCGCUCACAUCGGUCUGGAGGACUUGAGGAGCAAGCUGUCAGUCAUCCCCCAAGAGCCGGUUCUUUUCAUUGGCUCUGUCAGAUCAAAUCUGGAUCCUUGGGAUCAGUAUACAGACGCACAGAUCUGGGAAGCUCUGGAGAAAACGCACAUUAAGGACAUGGUAAGCCAGCUGCCUAAUUCACUGCAUUCAGAGGUGACGGAUAACGGAGAGAACUUCUCAGUGGGAGAGAGACAGCUUCUGUGUGUGGCCAGAGCUCUUCUCAGACACAGCAAGAUCCUGCUGUUAGACGAGGCAACAGCUGCUAUUGACACAGAGACAGACCGCCUCAUUCAGGACACGAUUCGCACCUCGUUCAGAGGCUGCACCUCUCUAGUGAUCGCCCAUCGCCUCAACACUGUGCUCAACUGUGACAGGAUCAUGGUCCUGGACCAGGGGCAGAUUUGGGAGUUUGACACCCCUUCAAACCUGCUGGCCGAUGAAAACUCCCGUUUCCGUGCCAUGAUGGUGGCAGCAGAAGAAAGCAGACACUGAAGAUACUCCAGAUUGAAAUCCUGGAAGCUGCUCAAACUGAGAUUGUCAGUCUGUUUGUUGUAAUGUAAGAUGAUGAUAUUGUUAUAGUAAGCGCACAGAGAGAUUAUAUAGUGCAUUACGUCAUGAAGAAGAGCCUUCCAAUGGGAACUGUCAUGUUGAUGGCACUUUAUUUGUGUUACUGGCUGAAGUGUUUCUCGUUGACGACUCUCUUCUGUCUGUGUUCGGCCGAAGUAAAUUUUGCACACUGAUAAUGUUUUUGUUUUCCUGUCGUUUUUCUCUUUAUAAAAGCAUACAAGAUAUGUGUCGAGCGUAAGGUAACCUGUUGAUCUGAUUUGUUGAGUUCCAUGCAUACAUAAAUCCAACCAAAGAUCAAUCAUUCCAGACAUCAGCACAAACCCUUUUAUUUUUUAUUUUUUUGAAUUAUUUUGCAUUAUUUCCUUGUGCUUUCGUUGAUGCUCAUACUGUGUACGUUUUGUGCCUCUGCUGUUAAAUGUUUGGCAGGUACCUGUAAAAAGCAUCGUGCGGAUAGUGUUUUACUCACACAAAUGUGCAAUGUGAGUUCAUGCAAUAAUUCAACGAGAUAGUGCUGCUCUUAUUUGUAUUUUAAGUGCUUAUUUCUGUGUAAUCUUUUAUCACAUGCUAAAUUUCUAAUUCAUUCAAUGCGAGUGCCUGUAAUACUUCAUAUCAAGACUACACUGAUCUCUUCAGGGAUGGAUGACAAAAUUGCACAUUUAGGAACCUGAAUUAUGCAAGAAUUUGGGUCUAUAUAUGUAAUUAUUUUGUAUUAAUAUAUAUGCCAUACCAUGCAGCAUCUGUUUAGAUGUUUAUCUUGGAAAUAUCAAGAUGAAGAGAAAUCUGUUCACAAACUUAGAUAUGCUUAUCUUUAAGAGUUGUCUUGUUCUUUAUGAUUCAGAGAUUAUAGUUUUGUGGUUG